AGAGAGAGAGAGAAGAAAAUAAAUCAUUUUUUUCUCUUUGAAAUCUCCAGGGAAGAUUUGUGGUUGAUGAAUUCAGGGGACUUGAAGGGACAACGUGAAACGACGUCGAGUUCUUCGUCGUCGUCGUCGCGGGGCAAAAGAGCAGCAGUGAAGCUAGAGAUCGUAGAGGAUCCAUUAGAGGAAAACUAUGGAACUCUUCACAAGCGAUCCAAAGCUUCACAAACCAUUCAGCAGUGGGGUGCGGGUGCUAAUGCAGUACCGGUUUCUGCUGCGGAAUAUAAUCCGUUAGACGAGCCUAGUCCGCUUGGAUUGCAGUUGAGGAAGAGCCCAUCAUUGUUGGAUUUGAUUCAAAUGAGGCUUACUCAAGGGAAUAAUGCUUCCGCGCUUGGAACUCAAGAGGCGGAGAAGCAGAAUCUAGGUGUUAAGAAGGAGAGUAAGAGCGCACCUGCUUCUGGUUCCAUGGACAAGCUUAAGGCUUCAAAUUUCCCUGCCUCCAUUUUGAGGAUUGGGAGUUGGGAGUAUAAAUCGAGAUAUGAAGGUGAUUUGGUGGCCAAGUGUUACUUUGCCAAGCAUAAGCUGGUUUGGGAAGUUCUUGAAGGUGGUCUUAAGAGUAAGAUUGAAAUCCAGUGGUCUGAUAUUAUGGCUCUCAAGGCAAACUGUCCUGAUAAUGAACCUGCGACAUUGAACGUUGUGCUUGCCAGACAGCCCCUCUUCUUCAGGGAAACUAAUCCACAGCCCCGAAAACAUACCUUGUGGCAGGCAACGGCAGAUUUUACUGACGGACAGGCUAGCAUACACAAGCAACAUUUUCUGCAAUGUCCAGAAGGGCUGUUAAAUAAACAUUUUGAAAAGUUGAUCCAGUGUGACAUGCGUUUGAACUUCUUAAGUCGACAGCCAGAGAUAAUUUUGGAUUCACCAUAUUUUGAACAGAGACCAUCUGUUUUUGAGGAUCUGGAUGAUUCAAAAAAUCAAGAUUUUAAUCAAGUGGAGUCGGCUAAGGUAUCUGUUGUUUCUGGCUUCCAGGAUCUAGCAUCACCAUCUGCAGCUCAAUCAUCUUCCUUAGAGAUUGAGAAGGGGGAUACCACUGCUUCCACAUCAGAUCCUAUGUCCCGGGAAGCUCCUUCUCCCAGCUCAGUGAUGGACAGUCGUGCAAUUGAAGGGAGGGGGAUUUGUGAAGCUGUUGAUUCUAAAGCAACAAGGAACUGGGAUCAGAUUAAAGUUCCAGGGUUGACCCCAUCUAUGUCGAUGACUGAUCUUAUGAACCACAUUGGGAACUGUAUUUCAGAACAGAUGACCUCUGGAAAUCAACCCUUUUCUGCUGAUGGGUCAGAAUGCCAAGACAUACUAGAGGACAUCGCACAGUACCUUCUUAGCGACACCCAACAAACAACAUCCUCUGAUGAGAAAGGGAUCAUGGCAAGGGUCAACUCUCUCUGUUGCCUUCUGCAGAAGGACCCUGCUUCAACCCAGAACUUGCAGGGUAACGGGGAAAGUUUCUUUGAAGAGUCUAAAAAUGGGAAGGGUGUUCUGCUAAACCACACCAAUGAAUCAUUUCAUGAGAAUAAAGUUAGAGGUGAUAUCAUAGGCUCUGAAGGUAGCAGUAGCAAGGAUAUUUCUGGCAGCAAGCCGGCACCAGGAAUGUCAAGGAAAGACUCGUUCGGGGACCUGCUACUUCAUCUCCCUCGAAUAGCAUCUCUUCCAAAGUUCUUAUUCAAUAUUUCUGAAGAAGAUGGUUACAGUCAAGAUAGAUAGUGAAAUGUGUUGUUUAAUAAUCAGAAGAUGGUAAAAAUCAAGCAAGAUAGUUGAUCUGUCUCAACUUGUGAAUGGAGAUUUGUUGUGUUGUUUAAUAUUAAUCUAAUGCGUCCAAGCAGAUGUUACCAUUAGUUUGAACCUCGGGAAAGCACUGAGGUUCCAGAACCUGGUUUGAUGAAGAAUCAUGAUAAAAAGCCCAUGUACAAAUCUUUCGUAGUUGUAGCUGUAUUGAUCGCCAUUCAUUUCCCAUGAAUUACAUAAUAAUCGUUAUCUGUAACCAUUCAUUUCCCUUGAAUCACAUUAUUAUAA